AUGGCGGCCACCAACACCACUCGCCCCAUUCGCAUCACCGAACUUAAACAUCAGCUUGCAGCAGCUAUCCUCACAGUAGAUCGUAUUGCGGCUCAGAGCUCAAACGACCUUUCGGCUGACGAUGCAUCCACACUGGACAAUCUGGACAGCCAACUGAAUCUAUUACAAGAUCCUUUAUUUUUGAAGCGUGUCAAUGCCAAACAACAUAAACUUCAAAGGCAUAAGGCUUGGAGAAAACGACGUGUCGACAAUGCAUUAAAACGACAAGAACAAAUCAAUGAGCGACGAAAGCGUCUGGAAGCCGACUCGGAACUAUGGCAGCAACAAAAAAGUGCACAGGAUACGCCAACCAAGAAGAAAAAGAAGACCAGCAAACGUAAAUCAACUAGCAGAGUGCGUGAGCUUGAGCGUACCUUGGAUCUCCUUUUACAACUACGGGACUUGAGACGGAAGCGAUUGGAAACACAAGGGCAUUUCUUUCCAGAAACGGGUGACGACUUUUAUGCAAAGAUCCAAGAGCAAGAGAAAAGGCAACCAGAGGAGGAGGAGGAGGAACAAGAAGGUGAAGAAGAGAAGCAACUCUAUAUCCACCCUGAUGAUCACUGGCACAACAUAGGUUUGGAUCACAAGGCAUAUGCAUAUUGGUGUCAAGGAGAACAAGAUGUUGAUACCCUACGAAGGAUACGAAAUCAAUGGGAUGGCUACUUGGUGGAAGAGGAAGAAGGAGAGAGCGCUGGUACAAAGAUCCCGCCUGUAUGGGUUGAACCUGGACCUCCAUCAAAUUGGAUAUGGGCAACGGCUUUGGAUCAUUAG